ACCACGAAAGUCGCAUAGUUAGUGGAUAUUACAUCAAGCGCUCAUCAUCAAACGAAGUUAGCGUGCUUGCCAAAUGCUUUAAUAUAUAGUACUUCAUACCGUUAUUCUAAGUUCCAGAACAAAAGGCCAUUUAGUUCAAAGGAUAUUUUGUAGUCGCUUCACAACAAUGUUUUCCCGACGCCAGUCGCUCCAAGAGAAGACAAAUGUUAUUGCUGCUCAGUUCUAUUUUAGCAAAGCCACUGCUAAUGCUGUCGCUUGUAGCACAAUAUGCAGCCUAGUUGACACCAUGGCGACGCUCACGUGACCCUAUUACGAUGCCGUGAUUGGCUCAGUCAUUUUCCGGCUGGUUUCUGAUUGGUUACCGUAAUAACGCGUACUGACAUAACGGAAGCAAAACAAGAUCAUCUCUGAACUUGAGCUGCAACAAUCCCAGUGUUUUGGUAUACGCAGCUGUAUAAUUGCAUUGGUCUUGGACUAUCAGAAGACCAUGGAGGCUAAGUUGAAGAAGGAGUUGGGGACAACCAUGUUGAAGUCAACGGGUCACUCAGGAGGUGGAUGUAUCAGCGAGGGCCAAAGUUAUCAUACUGACUCUGGGAGAGUGUUUGUGAAGAUAAAUCAUAAGAGCGAGGCAAAACUAAUGUUUGAUGGGGAGAUGGCCAGUUUGGAAGCCAUUUUUAAGACAGAAACCAUCAAAGUCCCCAAGCCUGUGAAGGUGAUUGAGCUUGACACAAAAGGAUGCAUGUUUGUGAUGGCUCUGGACAUGAGAGGUCUUAGCAAGUACUCAAAGCAACUUGGAGAGAAGAUGGCAGAUCUGCAUCUCCACAACAAGAGACAGUUGGAAACAUUAAAUAAAGAGCAGCAGACAGUGGGGAAAGGAGCUGGCCAGUCCGAGGUUGAAGCUGUUGAGAAAUUUGGCUUCCAUGUAAAGACAUGGCUGGGAUAUCUACCACAGGAAAACGAAUGGGAGAAGAACUGGGUGACGUUUUUCUCCAGGUGCAGACUGCAGCACCAGCUCAACAUGGUGGAGAAUGGAGAAUCUUAUGGAGACAGAGAGGCCGAGAACUAUGGCCAGAACUACAGAGAAAGAUACCCCAGUUUUUCACAGAUAUGGAAAUAGUCCCUGCUCUUCUCCAUGGAGAUUUAUGGGGUGGCAAUGUGGAAGAGUGUGCAGAUGGUCCAGUCAUCUUUGACCCCGCUUCCUUCUAUGGACAUUCUGAGUAUGAGCUGGGUAUUGCAGGGAUGUUUGGGGGCUUCAACAGCUCUUUCUACUCUGCAUAUUAUGAAAGGAUUCCUAAAGCACCAGGCUUCGAAAAGAGAAACCAACUCUACCAACUCUUCCAUUAUCUGAAUCACUGGAACCACUUUGGUGGUGGUUACAGGGGCUCUUCAAUAAGGAUUAUGAAGAAUCUAUUAAAAUAGCUGUACAGACAUUCCGUUGUGGGAGGCUCACAGUCUUAAACACUACCAAAGUAUUACAUUUAAGAUAAUAUCAUGACAGAUUAUUAGUUGACCAAAAUUGGUGUGGCUUAUUGUUAAAAAGACAAAUUAUAUAUACAGUAUGCAUCACAAAAUAUCUCCUGAUCUGUCUGCUCAGCCAUUACUUGCCUGCUGAAAAAUAAGAAAUAAAAUGCAUAGAAUGUCUUCCAUUAAUCCACUAACAAGACUGCAUACACUAAUUCACUACAUACACCCAUGAUGCUGUUUAUCAGUAAUGGCAAUUAUCCUUGUAAAAUGUACUAUCCACUGCAUUAGGACCAAUAAAUCCUGGGAUGAUCAAAGUGUU